UUUGGUUCAAAGUUUUGGGCUUUUUGUGAAGACAAAGGAGGAAAUGGAGAGUUGAUAUGCACUACGUUUGAAUCUUCGGAUAUUGUCACUCACAAAUUCCAUCUUCACCAAACAAGGAGCACUCAACACAGCCAUGGUACGACCAAGCUUAAUGACUCUUCUUCUAAUCCCUGUUCUCAUAUUUUACUGUUCUUAUAGUAUAGAAUUUUGCACCGCCAUAGACACAAUUACGUCUACUCAACCCAUCCAUGACCCUCAAACUAUAGUCUCCAGUGGUGCCACCUUCAAACUGGGAUUUUUAAGCCCUAGUGUUAAUUUUACUAAUCAGUAUGUUGGUAUCUGGUACAACGAUAUCUCUGCCAAGGCUGUGGUUUGGGUUGCGAAUAGAGAUACACCUCUGAAUGACUCCUCCGGGAUUGUGACAAUAUCCGAGGAUGGCAAUCUUGUGGUCUUGAAUGGACAGAAACAGAUUGUUUGGUCAUCAGAUGUUCCAAAUGCUUUGGUGAAUUCAAGUGCUCAGCUUUCAGAUUCUGGAAACCUUAUGUUGCAAGAUGACUCCAAUGGAAACAUAAUAUGGGAGAGUUUUGAACACCCUUCUGAUUCUUUCUUGCAGGGGAUAAAAAUUAGUACUAACAAGUUUACAGGUAAGAAGACUCAAUUGACCUCAUGGAAAAGCCCUUCAGUUCCAUCCAGUGGAAGGUACACUUUUGGCGUCAAUCCUACGAAUAUUCCAGAAGUAUUUAUUUGGAAUGGUAGUCUUCCAUAUUGGCGAAGUGGUCCAUGGAAUGGGCAGAUUUUUAUUGGCAUGCCUUACAUGUCAUCUGCAUACUAUAGCAGAUCUGAAGUUGUAGAUGAUAAAAGGGGAAAUGUAUAUAUGGGUUAUACUUAUGCAGAUAAGUCCUCUCAGUUAUACCUUACCUUAAGUUCUAAUGGAACUCUAAUGGAGAGGUACUGGGAAAAAGGAAAGGAGAUUUGGGAAACUACGUGGGUGAGUCAAAAUAGUGAAUGUGAAGCAUAUGGCAAGUGUGGUCCAUUUGGAAGCUGCAAUGUGAAGGGUUCGCCAAUUUGCACAUGUUUACAAGGGUUUGAUCCGAAGGAUAUGGAGGAAUGGAGUAGAGGGAAUUGGGCUAGUGGAUGUACAAGGAGGCAGCAAUUGCAGUGUGAGAGAAACAAUAGUGGUGGUGGAAAAGGCAAACAAGAUGGGUUUUUAAAGCUCAAUACAGUGAAAGUGCCAGCCUUUGCUGCGUCGGUAUUUGCUUCAGAAGACAACUGCAAAAUCCAGUGCUUCAAUAAUAGUUCUUGUAUAGCUUAUGGAUAUUAUAGCGGCAUUGGUUGUUUGCAGUGGAGUGGACAAUUAAUUGACAUUCAGGAACUCUCCUAUGGUGGGGCAGAUCUUUACAUAUGUGUGGCAUAUUCAGAACUUGAAAAAAUGAGAAGCACAAAACUGGUUAUCACAAUUGCAGUUCUCAUAGGAUCAGUAACCAUUGCAAUCUGUAUCUAUCUUUCCUUAAGGUGGAUGGCUAGACCACGCGGAAGGAUGAAAAAAAGUGGGAAGUUAUUUAAAAGAGGCGAAAGAGAUGCAGAUUGUUCAAAUGAAAGCAUGCUUGGAGAUGAUCAGAACCAAAUAAAACUUGAAGAGCUACCUCUAUUCAGUUUUGAGAAGUUGGCAAUUGCAACAGAUGAUUUUGAUGGGGCCAAUAAGCUCGGGCAGGGUGGUUUUGGUCCAGUGUACAAGGGAAAAUUGGCAAGUGGACAAGAUAUAGCUGUCAAACGGCUUUCGAGAUCCUCUGGACAAGGGCAGGAGGAGUUUAUGAAUGAGGUUGUGGUAAUUUCCCAACUCCAGCAUCGCAAUCUUAUUAGGCUUCUUGGCUGCUGUGUGGAAGGAGAAAAAAAGAUGUUGAUCUAUGAAUACAUGCUAAAUAAAAGCUUGGAUGCAUUUCUCUUUGAUCCAAUCAAGCAAAAACUCUUAGAUUGGAGAAAACGUGCCAACAUUAUUGAAGGGAUUGGUCGAGGACUACUUUACCUUCACAGGGAUUCCAGAUUAAGGAUUAUUCAUAGAGAUUUGAAGGCUAGUAAUGUUCUAUUGGAUGCAGAUCUAAAUCCAAAAAUUUCAGAUUUUGGCAUAGCAAAGAUUUUUGGAGGGAACCAAGACCAAGCAAACACUAAAAGGGUUGUUGGAACUUACGGCUAUAUGGCCCCUGAAUAUGCAAUGGAAGGGAGAUUCUCGGAAAAAUCUGAUGUGUUUAGCUUCGGAGUAUUAUUGUUAGAGAUUUUAAGUGGGCAAAAGAACACUAGCUUUUAUCAUGAUGAGCACUCUUUAAGCCUUCUGGGAUUUGCAUGGAAGUUGUGGAAUGAAGAUAGGAUUGUAAUGCUAAUAGAUCCAACAAUUUCUGAUCCAUGCUUCCAAGUGGAGAUCUUGAGAUAUAUACAUGUAGGACUUUUGUGCGUGCAAGAUUUCGCCACUGAUAGGCCUACUAUAAAUACUGCUCUUUUCAUGCUUAGUAGUGAAGUUCCAAUACUUCCAACUCCAAAGCAACCUGCAUUUACUGAAACACGGGGUCUGUCAAAUGUACGGUCGUCUCAACAAAGCCAGACGAAAUAUUCUGUGAAUGAUGUAACUGUUACAAUCAUUGACGGUCGUUAGCAUGCAAAAUUUUGUGUUUUUUUUUUUUUUUUUCUCUUAAUAUAUAGACCCUUAUUUGCUCUCUAAUUGAAUAUAAAUAAUAUAGUUUUGUUUUACAUAAUGUUUUCAUCCACCCUGUUCAGAACUAAAUGUUUGCCUUUAUCCUUCCAUAUUGUUUCUUUUGAGAAAAUCCUGUGUGUAUUAUUCACUCAAAUCUUCUAUUCUUUGUUUUUAAUUAGCCAACUGUGAUAUAAAUUUUAAGUCAUGAGGCAACAACAACUCAGCAUAAAUGGAUCUUCUUCAAAACCUUGUUGUCGUACUUUACUAUUUCUGUUUAGAGUUCUGCACAGCCACGGACAAAAUUACAUCCGUUCACCCCAUUAAUGGCCCUUGAUAGUACAGUCUCCACUAGUUCAUAGAAUAUGUAGAAAUCUGGUAUAGAGUAUAUAACAAUGUCUCAUUUAGCGGUGUGGUGUGGGUCGCAAACAGAGACAAACCUCUUCAUGAUUCUUCUGGGAGUCUGGCUAUAUCUGAAGACGGUAACCUUGUGGUCAGGGAUGGAAAGAAACAGAUUGUUAAUGUUGUAUAGUAUUUACACUGUUAAUGUUGUAGAUGAUAAAGAAUGAACUGUGUAUGCGAUUUACUGGACUACAAAUGUAACUUUGUUGUACUCUUUCUUAAAUUUCUGAUGGAAUUUUUGUGGCAAAGUACUUCGAUGUUGGAGAGAAUAAUUGGAAAGAUGCACGAUUGGCUCAAAAAAAUGAAUGUGACAUUUAUGACAAGUGUGGUUCGUUUGGAAGCUGCUAUAUGCAUGAUUCACCUGUUUACAAGGAUAUGGAGGAAUGGAGUAGAGGAAACAUUUUCAGUAGUCUUCGAAGUUGAAGACAUUGAAAGUGCCGGUCUUUGCAGAGUGGUCAGCUCCAUUGGAGGAUAACUGCAAAAGUGAGUGCUUGAAUAAUUGUUCUUGUAUAGCAAUGGAGUGGAAAUUUAAUUGACAUACA